ACUAAAUUGCAUCUCUGGCCUUAGAAUGACUGACAUUGAUCGUUUGAUGUGCUGCUAAUACAAGCUGGCAUCCAUGCAUCAUCACUAAUGUGCGAACUUGCAAUCAAUUUAUAAACCAGGUUCUAUUUUUUUUGCCCAUCUGACGGUAAUUCCCAUGAGGAAACUAAUAAUUUUUUAAAUUAGCAGUUUAAUCUGUUGCUUUAAGAUGGCAUCACUAAUAGUACUUUAACAAGAUGCUGAACCUCUUUGCUCUUUCAUAGGGUUGGACUAUCUUCUUAUUUUUCUAAAUAUGAAAAGUAAAAAUCAAUGUUUACUGGGUUCUUUUCUGGCCCAUGCCACGGAGAUGGACACUUAGUGGAGUUGAUAUAGAAAUUUUUUGGUGUAGAGCCAGUUGACUGCCAUUUUUUUGUCCUUUGAUUCGCUUGCUGGUUACUGAAUAUAGAAAUCUGGUGUUCUAUCAAUUUUGGAGUGCUUUGAUGCAAAGGUCCAUGCCUAACUCCUCUUUUCUUCCGGUAAUAGAAUUCAUAUGUGUGCGCUAUCCAUCAUCUCUUAUCGAUAUUGAGUCCCUUGCUGCUUAUUGACCGUACAUUUCGGUAAUCAUACGAGUUUAAGUGCUUCUGGCAUCGUGACGGUGUUUGAAAGAUGGGUCAUCUGAUAUUCUUUCCAUUGAAAUACACUAGUGUCCAGUUGAAACACAUAAGGAGACAUGAGCUAACAAAAUUUCAGCAGUAAAUAGAAAACCCUCCUAAACAAGCACCAUAACAAAUGAUAACCGAGAGUUCUGUGAUGUUGCAGGCUUUUCAGCAGUUCACUGGUAUCAACACAGUCAUGUACUAUAGCCCAACCAUUGUGCAGAUGGCUGGUUUUAGUUCCAACCAGUUAGCACUUCUCCUGUCCCUUCUUAUUGCUGCCAUGAAUGCCGCUGGAACAGUUCUUGGCAUUUACCUUAUUGAUCAUUUCGGGAGGAAAAAGUUGGCCAUCUCAAGCUUAGCUGGUGUAAUUGCAUCACUUUUCAUUCUCGCUGGAGCAUUUUUUGGCACGUCAUCUGGUUCUUCAAAUGAACUCUAUGGGUGGAUUGCAGUUUUGGGGUUAGCCCUUUAUAUUGCUUGCUUCUCACCAGGAAUGGGACCUGUUCCAUGGAAUGUGUACUCAGAGAUAUAUCCGGAACAAUAUCGAGGAAUAUGCGGGGGCAUGUCAGCUACUGUUAACUGGAUCUCCAAUCUGAUAGUAGCCCAAACUUUCCUUUCAAUUGCCGAAGCAGUAGGAACAGGUUCGACUUUCUUGAUGCUUGCUGGCAUAGCAGUGCUCGCAGUUGUGUUUGUGAUUAUGUAUGUCCCAGAAACCAUGGGGCUGGCAUUUGUUGAAGUUGAGCAGAUUUGGAAGGAGAGUGCAUGGGGCUGUAGUUACAACACAGAAAGCCUUCUUGAGCAAGGAGACGACAAAUGAGUCUUAGUAGGUGCCGUGCGCACUAGCUGAGCUUGAUAAUAUCAGCGCCAAAUUGUAG